UUUUUGAUCCGUACACAAAUAUUCAUUAUACCACACUAGCUGGAAACUUGAUCUGCCGGGACCAUACAUACAUACAUACAUACAUACAGUUGUUGAAUAAGAGAAUUUAAUAGUGGUACGUCGAAAAAAGAGACCAGCAACGUUGAACAAGAGAGACGGGGUACUGGAAGAAUGAGCCCUUCAAUGAAGGAAACAUCAUUAGAAACAAUGGAGAAAAAGGGAGAGGAUGUUAAUGGGAUAAUGAAGAAGGAGCAAGAUAAGUUGUUCGAUCCAAGUGAAGCCCCUCCUUUCCGUAUUAAUGAUAUCCGAGCUGCUAUUCCAAAGCACUGCUGGGUCAAGAACCCUUGGAGGUCUAUGAGUUAUGUUUUCAGGGACGCCAUUGUCAUCUCUGCACUCUUAGCAGCUGCACUUUAUUUCCGUAGCUGGUUCUUUUGGCCUGUCUACUGGGUUGCCCAAGGGACCAUGUUUUGGGCUCUCUUUGUCCUUGGACAUGAUUGUGGACAUGGAAGCUUCUCUGAUAAUCCCAUACUUAAUAACGUGAUGGGACAUAUCUUACAUUCUACCAUCCUUGUUCCUUACCAUGGAUGGAGAAUAAGCCAUAGAACUCACCAUCAAAACCAUGGAAAUGUGGAGAAGGAUGAGUCUUGGGUUCCGAUGUCCGAAGAUCUUUAUAAUGGUUUGAGCAGCAGGACCAAGUUUCUGAGAUUCAAAAUCCCAUUCCCCCUAUUUGCAUACCCCGUCUAUUUGUGGCACAGAAGUCCAGGAAAGACAGGAUCUCACUUCAACCCAUACAGCAACUUGUUUGCUCCCCAAGAACGAAAACAUAUAAUGACAUCAACAACCUGUUGGAUAGCAAUGGUGGUUUUCCUUGUGUAUUUAUCCUUUGUAAUCGGUCCAUCCAUGACAUUCAAGCUCUACGGUGUUCCCUACUUGAUUUUCGUGGCAUGGCUGGAUGUGGUGACUUACCUUCACCACCACGGAUACGAGCAGAAGCUUCCUUGGUAUCGUGGCAAGGAAUGGAGUUACCUGAGAGGAGGGCUUACAACAAUAGACCGUGAUUAUGGUAUAUUCAAUGGUAUCCACCAUGACAUUGGCACCCAUGUCAUUCAUCAUCUCUUUCCUCAGAUCCCCCAUUAUCACUUAGUCGAAGCUACAAAAGCAGCGAAACCGGUGAUAGGAAAAUACUACCGGGAGCCGAAGAAAUCAGGGCCGAUUCCGUUUCACUUAAUAGAGAAUCUAGUGUCGAGCAUGAAACAAGAUCAUUACGUGAGCAACAGCGGAGAGAUAGUAUUUUAUCAGACGGAUCCCAACCUGUUUUCGCCUCCCAAAUCCGCAUGAGCCAUUUUAUUUAGAGAUCAUAGAGCUGAAACAAACAAGGGCCUUCAUUCUUUUCGCUUUUAGAAGGGACUUUGCAUUUGUUUUUUUUUUUUUUCUUAUUGUGUCUUCAAAAUAAUUAAGGUUGAAGUUCCUGUAGUCUCAUCAAAAACAUGAUUAUUGUUACCAAACAUACACACGGUACUGUAGGAGAAUGAAAUACAAAUUUUAUUAUUAUGUAAUAAAAAUAUAAAAACUUUUGGAUUC